UCGAACGGAUUUGUUGGUCAGUCUAGGCUGAACUCGUAUUUUUGUGAGAUAAGAAAUUUUUGAAAUUCUUUAAUCAUGUCUGGAAGAGGCAAAACCGGCGGAAAAGCCCGUGCUAAGGCUAAGUCCCGUAGCUCCAGAGCCGGGCUGCAGUUCCCUGUCGGCCGUGUUCACAGGCUGCUGAGGAAAGGUAACUAUGCUGAGCGUGUGGGCGCUGGAGCCCCGGUCUAUCUGGCCGCUGUACUCGAAUACCUGACCGCCGAAAUCCUGGAGCUGGCUGGCAACGCCGCCCGAGACAACAAGAAAACCAGAAUCAUCCCCCGUCACCUGCAGCUCGCCGUCCGCAACGACGAGGAGCUCAACAAGCUGCUGGGAGGCGUCACCAUCGCUCAGGGCGGAGUGCUGCCCAACAUCCAGGCCGUGUUGCUGCCCAAGAAGACUGGCCAAGCCGCCGCCAGCACCGGCAAGGCAGGCAAGAAGGGCUCGCAGUCCCAGGAGUACUAAAAUAGAGCGGCGAGGAGGAGGCCUGCAGACCGGCGGAACAUCGCUGAAAUAAAACUAACUAGCAAAGCAAACACAAAGGCCCUUAUAAGGGCCACCCACAUGUUCAGUGAAAGAGUCAUGUCCAUUUUAUGUGGUUUUAAGUGUUUUAGGUUCGUGUUUUAACCGCACAUGUUAAGAUCUCUAACGCAUAAAAUGGCCGUCCUGAAGCAGCGAUUGAGAAAUGCUGCAUUUCUUUACAUAUUUAUUGGCAAUGUGUCUUAAUGUACAAUUUUACAAUGUGUUUAUUUAUUUUUUUAUUUUGAAGUGAAGUGGUUUUAAACGCCACGAUCAAAGCUUUUCUCCAAUAAAAUUCGCCAGAUAAAAAUGUU